GUUAAAACUAUGGAUUAUCUUCAGAGGAAGUUAUUACAAUAGAUUUAAAACAGCAGGUUUGACAUAAUACCAUAAGUAUUGGCAUAACACUCCAGCUAUUGUUCUUUAUCCACGGUUAUUCCACUCUCAGCGGCGUUAUUUAAACUUUAAGGAAGAGUGGCAGUAAACGUGCGCGGAGGCGGAGCACCGGGGUUCAUAACCCAGCGCCGCCUGCCUGGCUGCUGGGUCCGGGUUUCUGAGCGUCUGUCACGGCAGCAGCAGGCAGCAGAGGCACCGUGCACAUGCUGCUUUAAGUCCGCUAAGAAGCAACUAGUCCAAUUAACCCAGAGAGGAGGUGGAAGGAAACCCACGCAUGUAGGUUAUUAAACUAACUAACUAACUCACUAACUAACUCGACGAUGGAUGUGUGGCAUAUGAAGAUGACGACCGGACACGACAGCCCGCCAUAACAACCACAACAGGUUGAGCCAGUGUAUCGCCAGUGAGAUGCGGGUGUAUUUGAGCGGCAUAGCUAGUAGUAGUAGUCGCGAUUUUGAGCUUGCACAUUAAGCCUUUUGUAAGCUGCAGGACAGUAUCUGGUGCAGGCCUGCCUGUCUGGCUGCCUGUCAUUCGGCCCCAGUUUCCUCUUGAAGGUGGAGAAGGUGGAGAAGGUGGAGAAGGUAACAUGGAAACGUACACUGAUGUGCUGCUUGUCACCGCGAACGUCGGCUCGCUCUUCGACAAUGUGGGUGAAAUUCAAAAUGAAUGGCUUCAAGAAUUGUAUCAGACUAUCCGAUGCCACAGGCCGAAGUUCAUCGCCCUGCAUCUGCAGGAGGUCGGAGGGAAGGACUACAUGCUCAACAUGGGCCACACUGACAUCUUCUUCAGGAGCAUCGAGUCCAGUGAGGAGAUGAGGGACUUUGACAGAGUGUGCAUCUACGUGGACAACCAGUUCCAGGCAGAAGACAGCUUCACGGCUUUGGGGAGCAUGUACUUCAUCAACAAGUCACUGCAGAACAUCUAUCAGUAUGAUUUUAAUGUUAAGGAUUUUAAAGCGGUGUCGGGACGGAAGAAGCACAUGGGCUCUCUGGACGGGGUCGCCACUGUGGAGAAAGAAAAAUUCCCUAAGAGUUUCUGGCCUGAUUUCAAGUGGUCCAGGAAGGGCUUCAUGAGGACCCGCUGGAUCAUACACAACCAAGGUCUGGACCUGGUUAACGUGCACCUGUUCCACGAUGCCUCCAACCUCAUCGCCUGCAACGCCAGUCCUUCCAUUUACUCAGCCAACCGCAAAAACGCCCUCAGAUAUGUCAUCAACAGGAUAUCAGACAGCCGCUACACUCCUCUGCCUUUCCUCCUGUUUGGAGAUUUCAACUUCCGUCUGGACACACUUAGUCUGGUCCAGCAUCUGUCCACUUCAGCAGACGUGCAGACGGUGAAGAAGGACAGCAGUGACGAAGUGAAGAAGAUCAUCUGCGAAGAAAAAGACCAUGACCACCAGGUGCUGCUCCACAUCGAGGAGAAGCUGUUUGCGUACCUGCACCAGGCGGUUUUCAGAGAGGACAACGGCAGGGCGCUUUUGAAGUUUGACAAAGAAGUCGCAGCCUUUCACGAUGUCAUUAGGGAAGAGGAAAUCAGGUUUCCACCCAGCUACCCCUACAGUGAAGACUACACUAAACCGAUCCAGUACAUGAACACUCGCUGUCCCGCCUGGUGUGAUCGGAUCCUCAUGUCCCACAGCGCCCAGGAUUUCAUCCACAGGGGAGAUGACGGAGAGAAGAGAGUCGUUUACAACACAGUGGGUCCUAAUGUCUGCAUGGGAGACCAUAAGCCCGUUUUCCUGUUCUUCUCCCUGAAGACGAACGACCAUUAACUCGGAUCCCUCUCAGUGACACAGUACCGAAGUGUAAUCAGCAUGAUGUCUACCCGCCACACACCCUCCCAUCAGCCAGCAGCGGGUCUCGACACACACACACACACACACACACACACACA